AUGAGACACACAGACACAGCUGAAGCUGCUCAAAGACUGAGUACAAACCUGAUAUUGCCGAAAGAAGAGAAUCAAGAUCUGAGUGAAUUGAAGGUGAAGAUGUCCAAAAAUCAGACUUUCAUUAUUAAGAAAGAACCUUUUAGUUGCUCACAAACUACAGAGGCUUGCACACAAACAACAGUGCAGAAUACUGGAACCACAUGCUCUUUCACCUGCCAAGAGUGCGGGAAGAUGUUCAAUAUAAAAAGUAACCUCACAAGACACUUGAAAACUCACACCAUUAAGGAAUAUUUCACCUGCCAAAAGUGCAAUACGAGUUUCACAGACUAAAAAUCCUUAGACGCUCACAGUAGACGUUAUCGAUGUACGAUUUACUCCUGCAAACGGUGUGGAAGAAUUCUUCUAACAAAAAGUGACUUGGAGGUUCACAUGAGAUUUCACACUGCGCCGCACCUGGGUCUUUCAUGCUAUCAUUGUGAAAGAGGCUUCAAACUUGAAAGCACCUAUAAACGGCACAUGCGGGUUCAUUUUAUCGAUGGCUGUUUCCUGGGCCAGCUGUGUGAAAGGAAAUGCCAAAGCUUGAGCGUGUUUCAGGAGCACAUGCGAAUUCAAACCGGAGAAAGACCUUUCAGCUGCGACUACUGUAAAGUAGGUUUCACUGGCAAAGCAGGCCUCAAGCACCACAUGAAAGUGUACCAUGAAGAUAAACCGUUCAUAUGCAAACGGUGUGGAAAAAGUUUUGCUCAAAACGCGUACCUCAAGAUCCACAUGAACUCUCACGUCAAAAAGAUGACUCUUAAAUGCAGAGAGUGCGGAAUGGAAUUUAGUUGCGAGCAAAUUCUUAAUUGCCACAUGAAAUGUCACAGAUUAGAAAGGCCUUAUACAUGUGCACAGUGUAUAAGACAUUUUGUUUCAAGUAGAGGACUCGAAUCGCACUCGAAAGUUCACACAGCAGAGAAAGCGGUUACCUGCCAGGAGCGAGGAAAGGGUUUUUCUCAAAUGUUCUGACUAAAAGUCCACAUGGGAGUUCACGCCUUAAGAAAGACUCUUACCUUUCAACAAGGUGGGAAGAGUUCCAGUAAUAAAUCGGACCUUACACUCUACAGCAAAGGUCACCAAACUUGUUCCUGGAGGGCCGGUGUCCUACAGAUUUUAGCUAUACCCCUAGUCAAGCACACCUGAACAAGCUAAUCAAGGU